AUGUCGAGAAACGUCAGACAUUGUCUCUUCAUCCAUUCUGCGAGGAAAUGUCAGCCAUUCAUUUUUUUUUAUUACACUGUCGCGAUAUUUAUAAGAGUCGCUGUGCCUGAGAUGAGAUUCCCGUGUUUAUCGCUUAUUUCUUUCGUUCUUUCUUUCUUUCUUUCUGUCCAUUGUUUAGUAUUGCUUCUUUCUUUCUUUCUUUCUUUCUUUCUUUCUUUCUUUCCAAUGUUUAUUUCUUUCUUUCUUUCUUUCUUUUUCCAAUGUUUAGUAUCGCUUCUUUCUUUCUUUCUUUCUUUCUUUCUUUCUUUCUUUCCAUUGUUUAGUAUCGCUUCUUUCUUUCUUUCUUUCUUUCUUUCUUUCUUUCUUUCUUUCUUUCUUUCCAUUCAUCGAUUAGUUAUUUUCUUUUUUCACCUUCCCCCUUCUUUCUUUCUUUUUAUUUCUUUCUUUCUUUCUUUCUUUCUUUCUUUCUUUCUUUCUUUGAAUUGGUCUACAUUAUCCCGUGAAAGCGUGUCUCUUCGUGAACAAACCAUUCUUUUGUUUGUUUUUUUUUUCUUUCUUUCUUUCUUUCUUUCUUUCUUUCUUUCUUUCUUUCUUUCGUUACACAGGCCACUUGCUUUACCGGUUAUCAAGCAAAGUCUACGCCAGAAUUCUACUCGUUGGACAGCCUUAUGUCUACUUUUCCCAUCAGCAUCGCCUCCUACUCCACCUCUUCAUCCUGUGACCUUCUUUCUCCCACCACCUGAUUCAAAACUACUUAUCCGUCUCCUCCCCUUCCUUUCAUUUCCCCCUCCGUCUUUUCAAUGUAUCUUCUUUCACUACUCUUCUCAUUCCAUUUCUUCUUAUUCUUCUUCUACUACUAAUACUACUGCUUCUUUCUUUCUUUCUUUCUUUCUUUCUUUCUUUCUUUCUCAUCUUUUCAUGCGAAUUGAUCUGUUUCUCUUUUCAUCACAUUUAUUCUCCUCCUUCCUCUUCUUCUUCUCUUUCACCUCCUCCUCCUUCUUCUCUUUCUCCUCCUCCUCCUUCUUCUUCUUCUUCUCCUUCCUCUUCUUCUUCUCCUUCACCUUCUUCUUCACCUCCUCCUCAUUCCUCUUCUUCUUCUCCUUCACCUUCUCCUCCUCCUUCUUCUCCUUCUCCUUCCUCUUCUUCUUCUCCUUCACCUUCUCCUUCUCCGCCUUCUUCUCCUCCUCCUCCUACUCCUUCCUCUUCUUCUUUUUCUUCACCUUCUCCUCCUCUUCCUUCUUCUUCUUCUUCUCCCCCUCCUCCUUCUUCCUCUCCUCCUUCCUCUUCUUCUUCUCCUUCAUCUUCUUCUUCUUCAUUCCUUAUUAA